AUGGCCCUUAGCCCCAGUGCCGUUCAACUUCAGGACUGGAGAAUGAUGAGCCUUAGUCGUCAGGCUAGAGGACAGGCCUUGAUGGAUAAUACCAUCACGAAAAUGAACAGGAGUGGCAUAGAUGAGCCGGGUGAGCCAGUCGAAAUUGCCAAAGUUGAGCCGAGUGAACGUGCCAGGAUUGUGCCGAGUAAAGGUGUCGAUGAUUUGAACAAACAACCAACACCUUUACGUCGAAGGCACGCCAGAUCGGCCGAUAAUAUUGACGCUGUCCGUCAGAGUGUGCAGGAGACUCCGAGGCAGUCGAUUUCUCGCCGUGUACAAGAACUCGGCCUUCCGCAGACUUCGACUUGGAGAAUUUUGCGCCGGGACUUGGACUUGUAUCCGUACAAGAUCCAACUGACCCAGCAGCUCAAAGUCAAUGACCAUAGGCAACGCCGUCUGUUCGCUCACUGGGCUUCAAAACGUUUGGAAGAGUACUCCGAUUUUGGCCAAAGAAUAAUCCCAUUUUUAGAUGAAUGGUUUUGUUGA